AUGGGAGCAGUUCCGUCGCGUGAAUGCACUUCACUAUUCUCGUACUUCCGCGGGAGUUACGAGGUGGGCAUGGUGCCGCUUACCAAGUACUACUUUGGUAAGGAUACAGACACCUCCCCCGACCCAGUUGAUAUUGAUGGUAGCGCUCAGAAUGCCCCUUUACAGCGCGCGACUACCGCAAGUCGUAAGCCACAGCCGCAGCUGUCAUCGCUUCCAUCGCACGUGGACUCGCGCAGCCACAUACGACAACAGCUACGGCAACAGCUAUUGCUCAUGCGACGUGAUCCGGCAGUACUGUACGCCAACGCCCGCGAUGCGGAGAACAUACUGCAGGGCCUGUCGCGCCAAGGGAAGAGCAGUAAUCAUGACAAGAGCAACAGCGGAAGCAAAGCGCACACGACCUCCGAAGAGACAACCAGCGGAUCGCCCGUAACCCCUGUUGCGAAGGCGACCUCGUCAUCAGCGGCAACUGUCGUCCAAACAGAUGUGGACCACAACGCGCACAAAAACAACUGUGCCGCAGCACAGGAAGAGAGCAGCCGUACAGGCGCUUCAAGCAGCGAGCGAAGUGACUCCAGUCUCCCGCUGCCCGAGCAAGAUGGCAGCGGCGCAGUGCACUCCUGUGCGGAGGAGCUCCUUUUCAGCGAAUACUGGAGUAUCAUGCCGGACAGCAACUUCACCGAGGCGGACCUGGACCGCUUCCUUGACCUUGUAGACGCGGCGCUCUUCGAUACAAACGACGAGCUGCUCUCUGCCGACCCUGUCCUCCCCGGCACAGCCGCGGCGACAGAUGCGUCGAGCACGAAGCCUUUUAUACCUGUUCCGUGUGCUCUCUGCCUCGCCUACCCGGAAGGCAAGGAGCGAGAGGGCGCCCUUGCGCUGGAAGGGCGCGUGAUCAACAUCAUUGGCUACUUUGGGCUCAUGACACGGGAGAUGCAAGAUGCCUUCAAGGUUGUGAAGCGGCUUCCUAGCGAGGCGGAGAAGCAGCAGCAGGAGCAGCAAGCACAGGAGGGCAGCAGUACAUCAGAGCCUCUCCUGUUCCUCAACACCGCUAUCCUUACAUCUGCUGGUAACCGCACCCUCGAGCGCGUGCUUGUGCUCGCCGCAGUGAUGCUCCGGCAGCAGUUUCACACGAUUGGGCGUCGCCACGUGCUCCAGACGAAGCUUGACCAGCUUCUGUACGAGCAACGGGAGCAGAAGCUCCGCGUCGACCCACACAUGGUGCACUACUUGCAAACGUUGCUGACACUCCCACCGAGGGCGGAGAACCAGCCGUUUUUCGAUCCCCUGUUGGAGAUCCCGCUGCCCAGCAUCCCAUCCGGCAUUUACACGCCUACCCACUACGUCAACGCCGCCUACAACGAAGCAUCACAGCAUCUACACGCCUCUUCCCUUAGCAGCUGCGGCCGCACUGCACUCGCUAGCUUCCCCGGCGAGGGGAAGUUUCAGAACGCCGCGAUGGGGCCCUGCGCUGACGUCUCCAGUGGAUCAUCACCUAAUAUGCGGUCGUUGCCACACGAUCAGUCGGCAUCGAUGGGCGGCACACUCAGCGCGCCUGGCGCCAGCAGAGAGCACAUCCUGCUGUGCCCGCAGCAGAACGUCAGUGGCGUGCUAGGCAUCGCUCUCAACGUGCCGGGGCCCGGGUCAGAGGGCGCGUGCGCGCUCCUAAUGGACGGCUGUGGUGGAUCGCUUGGAGCUAAUAAUGCACCAACUCCGACCCCACCCACCUUAGGCCCGCUUCCACUCAGCCAGUCCGACGAGGACGUCAUCACGCUUGCACUGUGCCGUCGCAUAGGGCGUCGUCGUGUGGUCAUUGAAACAGCGAGCAACAACUACUCAGCCCUGAAGUCACUGACGGAGAACUUUGCGUUCCUGUGCUGCCAAAUCCUGCUGGACCAGAGCCUCACCACAAUGGAACUGAUCGAACUUCCCGCGCUGGUGGAGACGCCCUUCUUCAAACCAUCAGAGUCUGCCACGACGGUGACGACGACGAUCAGCUCCACCGUUGCUGAUGGAACGCGGGCCAGCACAGCUGUCCCUCAACCUGCGGCAGACGACGAGACGAAGCCGUUGAACAUGGAGCGACUAUCGCAACCUCGCUUCCCGCCGUCCUCUGCGGUGCUCAUCAAACUGGACCCCCUGCACGUGUGUCAGGCAACCAUGUGGGCGAGCUCCUUCUUUCACUGCCCGACGCUCCUUCCCAGCGGUGGCUGGGUGAAGUACAAGCUCAAGGACGAGUGUGAGCAGCUCCGACACGUGCUACAGAACAAAGACAUGCUCAUUGCUCACUGGCGAAAAACAGAUGUCGACCAGGCCGCUCAUUACCUCGGCAAGCACACCCCUCGGCUUCUCGAGCACGUGCGUGCCUUGCAGGCGGAGACAGAGGAAGCGCGCGCGCUGUCGGCAGAGCACUGGAUGCGACAACCCUUGUACGUUAACCAAGACGGACGCAAGUACGGUCUGUAUCAGAGCCGCUACGGUACCAUGCUGAUCGGCGUGCGCGCCUUCAAAGCCGGCAACGGGUCAUCGACAAUGGCGGCGGUGAGCACCAAGGAAAAGCGCUCUGGUAGCACCAAGGCUACAGCAGAGAGCAACAUGCCCACGUUUCCCGGUGACAACACGUCACUGGCGGCGCACGCGGGAUGGGCCAACACCGACUCCGCCAGCCUGCACAACCUCGACAGCGGCAACGAAAAUGGAUUCGCGAUUGCCCCGCACGGAGCAGUGCCGCGGUCGGGAGGCGCGAAUGGCGUCAUCCAGCCCCAAGGCGCAGCGCAUGAUCUACAUUAA